CUACGUGCACCGCGAAGUGUCGAGAAGAGAGAUCGCCCACUGCAGCCAAUUGAAGGCCCCCAUGCAUUGUGUGCGCUGCGCCUGAGCUGGAACGGACGUGGAGAUUGCGACCGCCGCGUGUUUUUGCUUCCGGCGCCCGAUCGACGCUUGACCAGGAGCUGUGCUGUCGCUUGUUGUCGCUUUGUUGCUUUUGUCGCGCCCAACGCCAUGUUCCGCCAUUCACCGCCGUCCACGCCUGGCCGCUCGACGCGAUUCCACGGGCCCACGACGACGCCUGCUGGCCCGCCGCCCGACGACUCCUUCGCUGACUACGAGCCCACGUCGACGCCCGCCGCCCCGCCGCCCGCCAUGAGCCUGUUCGGCGACACCCAGCCGAACCUGGCCCGCCCGACCAGCUUCGGCUUUGACAAGUCCCUCUACGGUAGCUUCCCAGAGAGCUCUCCGCCGCGACACGGCCUCUUUGAAGGCACUGGCUCAGGAACUAUAGGUACCACCACCUUCGGCCGCCCGGGCUCCGCCCAGCGCAGCCGCCCCAACAGCCGGCCCUCCAGCGGCGCAUUCGGCCACAGCUUUCGCGUCCCUAGCAGCCCGCCGCAGCACGCCCGCGGGGAGGAGCACGACGACGACAUGGACGGUGAGGAGGACGAAGAUGAGAUGGACGAGGAGGACGACGACUACUACGAGGAGGACCAGUUCGCCGCGUCGCGUCGCGCGAAGCCCGCCAGCCGCAUGUCGCAGUCGGUCAUCUCACGCGCCAGCACCAGCGAUCUCGACCAUGGCGCCGUGUUGGUGCGCGCCGGCGCAAAGCAGGCGCAGUUUGACCUCAUCGGGCUGGCCAAGGGCCUGGCGCCGACCGUCGAGCGCGCGACCCUGCACGAGCCGGACAACGUGAUACUGCAGACGGAGCGUAUUAUGGAGCGGGUGAACGAGUCGCUGGACUCGGACACGCCGGAAGCAAGAGCAGGCGUGCUUGGCGACGCAGCGCGCGAACUGGUGGCCCUGUGGCAGGCUGCCUCCAAGACCAAUGCGCGCGCGAGCCUGUCGUCGAGUCGCUCGGGCGGCUCUGCUGGGCUUGCAAACGCCAGCCGCCUGGCCAGCCUCCUGCUCAGCAUCCACCACCCGCCGCCCGUCGGCCACAACCAGCGCUCCGCGUUAUCACUUGUCCCCCAAGGCCAAUCGCGGCAGUACACCCCCGUGCCCAAGCUUUUGCUGGACUGGUUGAACAACACAUACUCGGGCGUUUCUGAGGUCGAGCUGGUCCUGAAGGAGACGCGCGGAUACUCGAGACACCACUCGUUCUGGGAGGCUGUGCAGGCGUCUGCCGUGCGCGGCAACUUCGCCCAGACGCUGCAGCUGCUGCAGGGCGCGAAGCUGGAGGUCGCCGAGUCUGCGCAGAACGACGGCCUGGGUGACACCGGGUACACAGGCGCGCAGCUCCGCUAUGCCAACGAGGCGGUUCGCUCGGCAGUCGACCUGCUCCGCGAGUGCCCCGCUUUCGUGUCGGACGACUGGGACAUCAAAGGGCAGGACUGGAGCAUCUUCCGCUCGCGCGUCUAUCAGGUGUACAACAACCUGCAGGAGUUUGCCGAGGGCGAGAGCCUGAGUCGCCAGGGCAUCGCCGACCACUUCCAGGCACCCCACUUCAACAUCACACAGUCCCAGGCCACCUUCCGCUUGAGCGUAGCGAGCCGGAAAGCAGAAAGCAGGGUGCCCUGGACCGUCUACGAGGAGCUCCGCAGGCUGUACCAGCUUCUGCUCGGCAACGAGGAGGAGAUCCUCGCCAUCUCUGCCGACUGGAUCGAAGCCGUCCUCGGCCUGACAAUCUGGUGGAGCGGCGAAGACGAUGACAUCCCACACGGCAGCCUCGCCGCGAGCCGCCGCUCGCUGAUGCGCUCCCAGCGCGUCCGCCCCGUCGACGUGACGCCCGUCGCCGCCUACUGCCAGCGCCUCUCGUCCGCCUUCGCCGCCGUCGCCCAGAACAGCGACGAGGAGUUCAGCGUCAACGUCACCGACCGCUUCGAAGUCGGCAUCGCCUGCGUCCUCGACGACGACGUCGAGGGCGUCCUGUACAUCCUGCGCAGCUGGUCGCUCAUGGCCGCCACCGCCGUCGCCGAGGUCGCCAGCGCAGGCGGCUGGUACAAGCCCGCGGGCGGCCUGCUGGGCUUCGACAAGAGCGACCUGAUGGUGCUCAGCUACAACGAGCAGCCGCGCGCCGGCGCCACCAAGGACGAUCUGCAGCUCGCGUACUCCCAGGCCCUGUCCACCAAGGGCAUGAUCCACAACAAUGACAGCGCGGCGUCGAAAGAGGGCUGGGAGCUCGCCGUGCAGGUCCUGUCGAGACUGGACGACAGCAUCACCGCCUCGCAGCGCAUCGAAGCCAUCAUCAACGACCUCCCGCUCGACUCUCCCGAGCAGGUCGACCGCAUCACCGCACUGUGCUACGCCAUGAACCUCAACGAGCAGGCCAUCAGCAUUGCGCUGAAAUACGCAACCCACCUCUCCACCACCCCCCACCACGGCCUCACCCUCCUCUACUACGCCCGCGCCCACGCACCCACCCCGCUCCUCGAAACCCUCCACUCCCUCACCACCCACUCCCUGCUCACCGCAACACCCUACCCGCCACCCCACACCGACGCGCCCCUCGACGCCCUCCUCGCGUCCCCGAAAUCCGCCCUCGCCGCCCUCGCCGCCCAGGACCCCCAGGCUGCAGAUCUGCUCGCGAGCAGUCUCAGCGGCUACGCGACACUGCGCUCGUUCUACGAUCUGCGCGCCCAGGGUCCCCGGGCGGCCCGGCGCGCGGCCUCGGCGCUGAGCGCGCUGGUCACCGCGUCCGCGGCUGCGCUGCACGACGACGCUGCUGCGGUGCCGGGGGACGUGCUGCUGCUGCUUCUCGGCGAGGCGGCGGGGUUCGUCCGUGCCGGCGCGUUUUCUGUGGCGCAGCUAGCGGCGUUGCUGGCUGCGGUCGAGGAGUACGAGGGCUCUGGGCGGAGGGUCAGGGGCGCGUGUGAGGAGGUGCUGAGGUCUGCGGGGGAGGGCGAGGCGGGGGAGCGGUCGAUGGGGAGUUUGGGCGGGGAGGCGUUUAGUCUGGUUGGUAGUGGGGAGUUGGGGCGCAGUGCGGUGGGGAGUGCGGUUCCGAGGGGUGGGAGUGGGAAGGAAUUGCUAAGGGGGUUGAGGUUGGGGGUUGCGAGGGAGGUGGCGAGGUGUUAUGCGCUGGGGGAGGUUGCGUGAGGAGGC